UGGGUGGGACGGGACGACGCGGGACAGACAGGGGAGCGGAGGAGGUGUUGUGGGUAGGCUUCGGUGGAGGGAGCUGAUGUGGUCGGAGCUGAGGCGCCAGCGCGGCCCGAGUCCCGGUUAAUGCGAAGCGCAGCAGGGAGCCGUCAGAAUGAAACGAGGAAGGAAAACUACUGAGGCCAACAGCAGUUCAUCUGAAGAGACAACUGAGAAAGAAUCCAAGAGACACAAGGUCACAGAUGAGAAAACCGUAAUCGUGCAGAGUCCAGACUGGGCAAACCUGCUUCAAGACAUUAUCCUACAGGUGUUUCAGUACUUGCCCCUUCUGGAUCGUGCUCAUGCAUCACAGGUCUGCCGAAGCUGGAACCAAGUGUUUCAUAUGCCUGAUCUCUGGAGGUGUUUCGAGUUUGAACUGAAUCAACCAGCUACAUCUUACUUGAGGGCUACACAUCCUGAACUAAUCAAGCAAAUAAUAAAGAGGCAUUCCAAUCACCUGCAGUAUGUAAGCUUCAAGGUGGACAGUAGCAAAGAAUCUGCAGAAGCAGCUUGUGAUAUUUUGUCACAGCUUGUGAAUUGCUCUCUGAAAACGCUUGGCUUAAUUUCAACUGCGCGGCCAAGCUUCAUGGAUUUACCAAAGUCUCACUUUAUUUCUGCACUGACAGUGGUGUUCGUAAACUCCAAAUCCCUCUCUUCACUUAAGAUUGAUGAUACACCAGUAGAUGAUCCAUCUCUCAAAGUACUAGUGGCUAACAACAGCGACACACUGAAACUACUGAAAAUGAGCAGUUGUCCUCAUGUUUCUCCAGCUGGUAUCCUUUGCGUAGCUGACCAGUGUCAUGGCUUACGUGAGCUGGCACUGAACUACCACCUGCUGAGCGAUGAGCUUCUGCUUGCUUUGUCUUCAGAAAAACAUGUCAGGUUGGAACACUUGCGCAUCGAUGUUGUCAGUGAGAACCCCGGACAGACUCAGUUCCACACAAUUCAGAAGAGCAGCUGGGACGCUUUCAUCAAGCAUUCUCCUAAAGUAAAUUUAGUCAUGUACUUUUUUUUGUACGAAGAAGAGUUUGACCCAUUCUUUCGUUACGAAAUACCUGUCACUCACCUUUAUUUUGGAAGAUCAGUAAGCAAAGAUGUACUUGGCCGCGUUGGGAUGACGUGUCCUCGGUUGGUUGAACUGGUUGUGUGCGCCAACGGAUUACGGCCACUGGAUGAGGAGUUGAUCCGUAUUGCAGAACAUUGCAAGUAUCUAUCAGCUGUUGGCCUCGGAGAAUGUGAAGUCUCUUGCAGUGCCUUUGUUGAGUUUGUGAAGAUGUGUGGUGGUCGUCUCUCACAGCUUUCUAUUAUGGAGGAAGUUUUGAUUCCUGAUCAGAAAUACAGCUUAGAGCAGAUUCAUUGGGAAGUUUCAAAGCAUCUUGGUAGAGUCUGGUUCCCAGACAUGAUGCCUACAUGGUAAAGUCCUUAAAAGACUUCAGGGCAGAUGGAAUAGUACCUUAAGCCCAAGCUUACCAUAUUGCAAUUUAUUGUAUAAGCAUAUUUAAUAAUACAGCUUUUACUGUAAAUUACUUAAUGAUUUGAUUAGAAAAUUAAUCUUUCAUUCAGAAUUAUUUAUGAGAUCCACAUUCAAAAAUAGAAAUCAUGGAUAGCUCCAAACCCGAUUUUUAUCCAAAUGAAAAUCCUUUUUCUGUUCUGAAUUUGUUCUUUGUCAGUGACCUCAAACUUUUAUGGAAAUAAAAAAUGUAUUUUAAAAUAUGGAAAUGUACCUACAAAAUGUCAAUUUCAAUAGGCUGUUCUUUCCUUUAGAUAUUGUUAUUGAACAGGAUCAGAUGUGAUCUUAAAAGCAAAACAAAGCCACACAUAAACUGCAUGCUUCUGGUGCAGGCUGCAGACACCAGUUCUAAGCCCAGGCACCUAGCUCGCAAGACCUAGAUAAAUAGAUAAGUACACCUAGAUAAAUACACCUAGAGGCGUAUUUAGUAGGCUGUGAAAUAAUACAUUCUUUUAUAUCAAAGUCAUAAAAGGCAGGAGCAAUACACAAUAACAUAGUUUAGACUACUAAAAUACUGUUACCUUAUUCAAUGGAUUGUUAAGUAAGUCCAUCUAAAAUGGAGUGCAGUAGUAGUGUGAGCUACCAGAAGUGGUGUGGUUUUUCUUACCCUCUACGCAUUUUAAUGUAGUCUGCUUAUGGGGCCUCAGAUCUAUGUCUAAACCUGUUUUAAGGUAUUUAUGUCUAGCUCAGGAAGCGAAAGCAUUCUGGGGAAAAAUGUAGAUACAUUGUAUUUAACCCACAUUAGAGUUAAUGAGCUUUUCUUGCCCAUUAACCAGUUUUGCAGCUAGGGUCAGAUGGAAUAAGGUGUAGUUUAUGAAGUGAACCCUGAAGUGUUAAAUGUGAUGACGUGGAUGUGAAGAGCAUGAGAUGUGAAGGCUAAAAUUUAAGUGGUGACCAGGAAUCUUCUAACAAAACCUUAGACCUUUUGGCUGCUUUCAAUUUGAGAAAAAUGACAUUGUAACAGUUGCUUAAGCUGUAUAAACUAAUUGUAUACUGUAAAUCUGUUUCAGAAACGUUUAUGUAUAAAGUGAAUGUUUGAUAGAUGAUCAUUUUGUAUACUUUGAAUUCAGCUAGCUCGAUCACUUCGUAUGUAAAAAACCUAACAGCAGUAAACUUGCAUUGAGUAGAGCAAUAGGCAAAACCUUGUUUUGAAUAUUUGGUUCAUCAGUUUUAUUAAAGAAGGUUUUUAGUCUGUAAGUGCUGUAGGCAGUGUAUUGCCUGUGAUCUGGAUGUGGCUUGUGACUUCAUUUCUUACCACCGCCAGUUACGUUAUUUGCUCUCCUCCGUUAUUGAUGGGUAACACUGACGUCUUCACGUGGCUGCUGAACGUGUUUGGAAGCCGUCAGCAAGGAGGAGCUGCUCCAGCCAUGGGCCAGGCUCAGCUGAGCAGGCAGCCUCUUCCCAUAUGCGCAGUACAGCUAUUCCUGAAAAUGAGUAAAUUUUCUUCAUUUCUGACUUGGGAAGGUUUAUCCAAAUGUACAGUUCAAGUGUAAUACACUCAUGAGCGUAUUUAAGUUCAUAACUGUUUUGAGCAAGCACAGCUCAGCAGACUGGACAUCUUUAUAGGGGAGUUGUGUGUUUCUUUAGAGAUUUGAUUUAAGAAUCACAUUUUCUGAAAUAUGCAUUUUUUUGUAUUAGAAUUUGUUAAAUCAAUGUAAUAGUAUAAUUUGCUUUUAUUUGUAUAAAAGGUGUCAAUAUAUUUAGUCCAUAACAGUAAAAAAAGAUCAGUGUUUUUUAUACUCUGA